GGGGGAGUGACGUCAGCGCGAGCUUGUCCAUCAUGGCGGCGGAAGGAGGCUGUGAGCAGAUGAGCGGUAACGGGGAGCUCGAGGAGUCUGCAGCCAUGGAGGCCUCUGAAGCUUCUGCAUCGCCUCCGACUGAGAUGCCAGAGAUGUCAGAAGAGAACGGCAGUCCCGCCGUGGCCCCCGAGGCCCCCGUAGGCCCCGACCCCGCUACCUUCUCGAUGCCCCCGGCUGCAGAAGACGAGGAGGGAGAACUGCCCGCGGACUUUGAGCGCCUGUGGACGGCCGCUAUGGACAAUCCGCAAGACUUCACCAGCUGGACUGACCUGCUGCAGUACUGCGAGCAAGAGAGUCACAUGACAGCAUCACGCAGAGCGUUAGAGGCUUUCCUCGUUCGCUACCCGCUUUGCUACGGCUACUGGAAGAAAUUUGCUGAUCUGGAGCGCCGUGCUGGGUACAACAACAAAGCAGAGGAGGUGUGUGUUCAGGGUCUCCAGGUGAUCCCUCUGAGUGUCGAUCUGUGGAUCCACUACAUCAAUCUGCUGCUGGGAACGCUGGACAUGAACCUGCCUGAGUCGCCCAUGCGGAUUCGCAGUGUGUUUGAGGAGGCGGUUGUGGCAGCAGGUCUGGACUUCCACUCAGACCGGCUUUGGGAUCUUUAUGUGGAGUGGGAGAAGGAGCAGGGGAACAUGAAGAACGCAUCAAACGUCCUGGACAGAGUCCUCAAAGUCCCCACGCAGCUCUACAACACCCACUACGACAAGUUCAAGGAGCACCUGAACGGCCACGAGCCCAAAGACGUGCUCUCCUCAGAGGAGUACGAGGAGCUGAGGACGUUGUGUCGUCAGAGUCAGAAGGCAGAGCGUGCCGAACAGGCCCAGGAGGAUGAGGAGGAGAGGCCGCCAGGGGAGGAAGAGCCCGUCACACCCGAGGGCACAGAUACAGAGGAGUUGAUGCAGAAGAUCAGGGAACAAGUGCUGCUUCGCAGGGACAAAGUCUACCAGGACAACGAGGGAGAAGUCCGCAAGAGAUGGCACUAUGAAGACGCUAUCAAACGUCCCUACUUCCACGUCAAGCCACUCGAUCGCCUCCAGCUGCGGGCCUGGCACACCUACCUGGACUGGGAGAUCGCUCAGCUGAACAAGGACACUAGAGACCCCCAAGACCCCCAACAAGAUCCAGACCAGGCAGCCACAGAGGGGUCAGAGGUCGCAGCCCAGCCUCAGGAAGAAUCAGAAGAUGCUGCGGUCGCCCAGGACGACCACAGGGUUCGCAUCCUCUUCGAGCGUUGUCUGAUCGCCUGCGCUCUGUAUGAGGAGUUCUGGAUCAGGUACAAUCAGUACCUGGAAACGCAGAGUUUGGACGAGGCGCGUGCUAUUUUCAAACGAGCCUGUGAGGUCCACCUGACGCACAAACCCAACAUCCACAUGCAGUGGGCCACCUUCGAGGAGAGACACGGCGACUUAACCGAGGCCCGACGAGUGCUGGAGGCCCUGGAGAGGACGCUACCAGGGCUGGCGGUGGUCCGCCUCCGCAGGGCGGCUUUAGAGAGGCGAGCGGGCCAGCUGGACCAAUCGGAGGCCUUGUUGCGGGAGGCGGUGGAUGAAUCCAAAGAAAAACCCACGUUACACGCUUUUUAUUCCAUCAAGCUGGCUCGUCUGCUGCUGAAGCUGGGCAGGAACCCCAGCAGAGCCCGCCGAGUUUUACAGGAGGCCCUGGAGAUUAGUCCGGAUAACGAUAAGCUGCACCUGAACCUGUUGGAGCUGGAGGUGUCGGGGGACCCCUCGGCCGAGGCGGUGCAGGAGUGUGUGACGCGAGCCCUGGCGGCUCCCCUCGCCCCGCACACCAAGAUCCUCUUCUCACAGAGACGCCUGCAGUUCGCUGAGGACUACAGCAGCUCCAUCCAGAGCGUUCUGUCUGUCUAUGAGGAGCACCAGAAACUUCUGAGGGAGCUGGGUGGGACGAAGAGAGGAGCGGAGAACGGGGAUGAGGACCCAGAGAAGUUGAGCAAAAGUGAAGACGGCUCUGCUGUUGCCGUGUCUGCACAAGUCGCACCCACCAUGCCGCAUGUCCCCAUCACCACGCCCCCUCCUCCUGUGAUAGGCGCCGACGCGAGCUCCCAGGCCGCCUACGGGGGAUACGGCAGCUGGUACCAGCAACCGCAGUACGGCAGCUACGGCUACCAGAACACCUGGAACUACAACCAAGGCUACUAUCCUCCCAGCUAAAGGGGGCAACAGUGACAGUGACACCAGAAAGCCACAGGAAAUGGUUUGACCCAGGACGACUCUUCAGCCGAACAACAAACUGAACCACGAAAGUCCUGCCGGUACACCUGCUAAAAUAAUAUCCCAGCAUCCUUUCCUCUCCGUCCUUCCUCUGGAUUGGUUAAAUAAGGGGCAGGAGUUGAGCUCUUUUUAGCAUGUCGUGUCAUUUCAGUGUUGAUUCUGAGAGACGGGUGGAAAGACGACGAAAGGAAACAGCGACGCUCCCCAUUCUCAUCAGUGUCUCUCCAUUUUAAUCAGAACUAUUUUUGUAUUUGUUUGCAAAGCCCUUCGCUCCUGUUUUAAAGUCAUCACGUUUAUCCAACUUUACAGGUGAUGUAUGAUUGACAUUUUGUACCAUUCCAGAGUAGGCUAUUUGUUGUUUUUUCUAAUGUAUAUAAAGGUGUUUUAUAGUGUGUCGCAACAGAA